UGCCCCGGCCCCGGGGAAGGCACCUGAAGGUGGAUCUAUCACAGCUCACGGCCGGCUCUCCAAGUGCACUUCUGGGACCAAAGCACCGUCAUGGAUGUAAGAUUUUACCCGUCCGCGGCGGGCGGCUCGCUUCCCGGAGACCCCUCCAACCUGGACUUUGCCCAGUGCUUGGGCUACUAUAACUAUAACAAGUUUGGAAACAAUAACAACUACAUGAACAUGGCAGAGGCAAAUAAUGCAUUUCUUGCUGCAAAUGAGCAGACGUUCCACACGCCGAGCCUGGGGGAUGAGGAGUUCGAAAUCCCACCUAUUACACCCCCGCCCGAGUCAGACCCUGCACUGGGGAUGGCAGACAUCCUGCUGCCCUUUCAGGGCCUUGGUGACCAGCUGACAGCACAAGGAAAUGACUUUACACCCCAGUUUCCCCCUCAGAGCUUGGAUCUCCCCUCCAUUACUAUAUCCCGAAAUCUCAUGGAGCAAGAUGGCGUCAUCCACAGCAACGGAUUGCACAUGGAUCAGAGUCACACCCAAGUUUCGCAGUACCGCCAAGACCACUCUUUGAUUAUGAGAUCCAUUGUCCACAUGACGGAUGCUGCUCACUCGGGAAUUAUGACUCCCUCUCAGCUCACCACCAUUAACCAGUCCCAGCUAAGUGCACAGCUGGGGCUAAAUCUGGGAGGCACCAACAUGCCACACACUUCUCCCUCCCCUCCUGCCAGUAAAUCAGCCACUCCUUCCCCCUCCAGCUCGAUAAAUGAAGAAGAUGCAGAUGAAUCAAAUAGAGCUACCGGAGAAAAAAGAGCUGCCCCAGAUUCUGGCAAGAAGCCGAAAACUCCAAAGAAGAAGAAAAAGAAAGAUCCCAAUGAGCCACAAAAGCCAGUGUCAGCAUAUGCCCUUUUCUUCAGGGAUACACAAGCUGCAAUUAAAGGGCAGAACCCAAAUGCUACGUUUGGAGAGGUUUCAAAAAUAGUGGCAUCUAUGUGGGACAGUUUAGGAGAAGAACAAAAACAGGUAUAUAAAAGAAAAACGGAAGCUGCCAAAAAAGAAUACCUAAAGGCACUUGCAGCCUAUAGAGCAAGCCUUGUUUCCAAGGCUGCUGCAGAGUCUGCUGAGGCCCAGACGAUUCGUUCUGUGCAGCAAACAUUGGCAUCCACAAAUUUGUCUUCCUCCCUUAUUCUGAAUACUUCUCUCUCUCAACAUGCCGCAGUAUCGGCAUCUCCUCAAACUCUUCAACAGUCCCUUCCCAGAGCAAUUGCUCCCAAACCUCUGACCAUGAGACUGCCAAUGAAUCAGAUUGUAGCUUCUGUUACCAUUGCAUCAAACAUGCCGACAAACAUUGCAGCUCCAUUGAUAAGUUCUAUGGGAACAAACAUGGUGGCAACGCCGUCUUCAUCUCAAGUAAGUCCCUCCAUGCAAAGCCAGCAGCACCAGAUACAGCAGCUGCAGCAGCAACAGAUGCAGCAGAUGCAACAACAGCAGCUACAUCAGCAUCAAAUGCAUCAGCAGAUACAACAACAAAUGCAACAACAGCAUUUUCAGCACCACAUGCAACAACAUUUGCAGCAGCAGCAGCAGCAUCUUCAGCAGCAAAUUAACCAACAGCAAAUGCAACAGCAGCUUCAGCACAUACAACUUCAGCAGAUGCAGCAGCAGCAGAUGCAGCAUAUGCAACACCAGUCACAGCCUUCUCCUCAGCAGCACUCGCCAGUUGCCUCUCAGAUCACUUCUCCCAUCCCUGCCAUUGGGAGCCCUCAGCCAGCACCUCAGCAGCACCAGUCACAAAUACAAUCUCAGACACAGACUCAAGUAUUAUCACAGGUCAGUAUUUUCUGAAGAUAAAUGAUCUCACAGCAUCGCUUUGUGUUGAUGGAGGGGGUAGGGGUAAACCAUAUUUGGCUGAAAACUGUAAAUUGUUGAUGGUAGUUAUGCAGGGAUGCAUAACAGAUCAAAUGAUCCUCUAAAGUGUCUAUUAGAUAGGCAAUAAAGAACUACAAUGUAGCUGUGUAUCAUCUUUUAGCUGACUAUAAAUCAUUUUGUUUAAAAAAAAAAAAAAGCUGUGCUCUCUUUCAUGUGAUGCCUUUUUAAUUUAUUUAAGCUUUACCUACAAUAUGUGAAUCAAAUGGCCUAAUAAAUACCUGAACCUUAUGACUGCAACAUGGCCUUUCAGAGUUACAGAUUUCUCUAAAAGUGAAUAAUGCACUUCAAGGCAGUAUGAACUCAUGAAGCCCUUAAAGCACAGUUGUAACUACCUGUAAAAUGAUGAUUGGAUUUCAUACAGUCAUACUUUUAUGACAUGAGUUCGUUGAUGGCAUUUUUUCUCAUGAAAAAAAAAAAUAGAGUAUGUCACAGAUUUUUGCCAAAGCUCUUAAAUUUCUGUCCUAAAUAUCUUCAGAAAAGCAAAUGCAAGUAACUGAACUUCAAUGUUUGACCCAUCCUUUCACUUCAUUCCUCCCGAUAAACUUACCAUAGUUUGUAACAAAAUAUAUAUUGACAGUUACCCUAUUACAUUAAUUCCAAUUACAGAACAAAUGUGAAUAUUAUAUUCUGUGUGGAAGUGAUGAGUUUCAGAUUUAAUACACUGUAUUUUUAAAACGGAAAUGCACUUAACUAAGGCUGUUAUUACAAAAAGCUAAGAUGAAAAAUGCAAGAGUUUUUAAUACGCUGUAAAACCAGUAGAAUAUUUAAAAGAAACUCCACGACCGA